GUUUGAGUUUGGAAGGAAGGUGGUACACUAAUGGAAAAUGGAGGCUUGAAGGGGAAAGCAGGGCUACUUUGCAAGCUUGAUUUUGCACUUGUAGGAGUGAUCUGGGGGGUGUGGGCAUUGAUCAUUUUUUGGUCAUUUCUACCUUCUGUUAGACUAUUGGAACGAUUGUGGUCUUCAUUCUGCAUUGAGGAUUGCUGCAAUUGCACCAUUCUAGAAUAGGCCCCACCUUCUCCAUUGUUCAUUUGCAUCAACACAUUUUGAGGACCUGAUUCAACUACUCUUCCCGAUUCUAGAACUACAAUGGUAUCUGCUGCAUGGAUUGUGGCAAGGCGGUGUGCAAUGAUGAUGGUUGUUCGUCCUUGUGAAGCCUGGUCAAGGGCAUCCUGUACCAAUCUUUCUGACUGUGCAUCCAGAGCACUUGUAGCUUCAUCCAGCAAAAGUAUUCUUGGGUCUCUCAGUAAAGCCCUUGCUAUAGCAAUCCUUUGCUUUUGCCCUCCAGAUAAUUGAACUCCAAACUGCCCUACCUGAAAUAUCAAUGAAACUUCAUCAACGCAAGUUCAAUAAUAAAAAGCUAAGUUAACUUGAUUUAGGACUGGAAAAGCAUUCCAUACUUGAGUUUCAUAUUUAUCAGGUAAUUUGGUGAUGAACUCGUGUGCAUUUGCAGCCUUAGCUGCACUUAUAACAAUUUCCAUGGGAGCUCCUUCUUUGCCUAAAAGAAUAUUUUCCUUAAUGGAUGUUGCAAAAAGUACUGGCUCUUGAUUCACAAGUCCCAUCUGAGAUCUCAACCAUUUAAGCUGAAGUCUCUUUACUUUGUAUCCAUCAAGAAGAAUGUCUCCUUUGUUGGGGUCAUAAAAUCUCUCUAGCAAAGAAAUGAUUGUGGACUUGCCAGAACCACUGCCUCCAACAAUGCCUACCGUUUCACCAGCUGUCACUUUAAGAUUAAGUCCUUGAAGAAUUGUGGUAUCUGGUCUUGAUGGAUAAGUGAAACUAACAUCUUUAAACUCAAUUUCUCCUCUCACAUGUGCUAGAACUUUUCCUCUACCAUCUUCAGAGUCUAUAGCAGGAGUUCGGUUAAUCAUCUCAGAAAUCCGUGUAGAAGCAGUUGUUGCCUCUGAGAUGAAUGAGAGAUUGGGGAGAGCAUUCAUGAUGGACCUGGAAUGGAAAGAUUGAAGGUUUAAGAUUAAUAUCUAAAGAAAUUUCCAAAGGUGAGUAUAAUUUAUCACAGAAAUGCUGUUUCAAAAAUUUUCAAAUUCUUUUUGAAACGGUUUGCAGAAUCUUUAUCAUUUACACAACCUUCAAUCUGAAAAUACUCAUUAGUUGGGGAAUUUUAAACUAGUAACAAUGACUCCAGAAGUCAAACAUAUACUUUCAGUUUUGUUAUUUGAUAUUUCUUAGUAAUUGAUAUUUUCCUGUUUAAUCUAUGAACUGUUGUAGUGUUCUUUAUUUGAGUUCCAAAUUUAUGUGUAUAUACUAUUAAAAAUAUAAAAAAUGAGGAAGCAGAAAUAUGAUCAAUGAAAGUGACUCACACUCCUCCUAGGAUGACACAGACUCCUGAUAUGAAUAUACGGCCACCACUUUCUCCUCUCCGAGUAACAAGAAUGCUUCCUACCCAAGACUGAAAUGCCCAAACUGCAUAAAUCAUUCCCAUGCUCCCUAUCAAUAAUCCCUUUGUAAGUCCUUGCUUUACACCAAGGUCCAUACUCUUCUCAAGUGCACGGCUGAACCUAUCAAGUGUUUGACGCUCCCCCACGUAUGAAUAAACUGUUCGGAUUGAUGAGGUUGCUUGUUCUGCAAUCCCACCAGCAACACCAUAGGCAUCCUUUGUUCUUAUCCCUUGGCUCGUCAUAAGCUUCCUAAAUCCUACUCCUGGACCGAUAAACAUGAGUGAGAAUGGAAGAGCUGCCAAUGCUAAUCGCCAUGAUAUUAGGAAGGCUACUACAAGGCUGAAUAUGAAUGUUGAGAGGUGAGCCAGGCAGUUGGGGAUCUGCAGCAGAAGAUAUAACAUAUAUCCUGUUGGUAUUCACAAACAAGAAUAACGACAAGAAGUAUGAGAUAGGGAAUGAGAAGGGUGUUUGAGAAAAGCUUAUUACCUUCUCGGCUAUAACGUCUUGGAUUGAAUGUGCGUCAGAGGAAAUGGUAGAAACAACUUGGAAAGUAUUGGAUGAAGCUGUUUGGUUGUCAAAGAAACCAACUUCUUGCCUCAUGACGGAUUUCAGAUAUUCCAUUCUCAUGCGAGAUGUCUGUCUCUCUGCUGUUCUUGUCCAGCAAAUACCCUCUGCAAGAUCAUUGUGUAUAGCAACCGAAUGAAGAAGUUUAGACAUUGUUUGGAGCUCCUGUGUUUUCCAAAAAGCUGGGAAUAAACAUGGCAAGAAAAGCUAGGUUUGUGUCAUCAGUGUUUGUACCUUGUUUACCACAUCAAUAGAAAUUGAAAGUUGAGCGCUUCCAUACUCGUUGAUCACGCCGCUGAGAACAAACAUAGUCAGUGGAUUCAUCAGCCCAUCUCCGAUGCUACCCAGAGUACCAAACAACAUUAGCAACUUGUCGACGCCAUCAGCGUACCUGAACAUGCCACCUUUGCUCCCCAUUUCAAUGGCAACAUAAAACAAAGACUUCUCCAAAUCCUAGUUCACUUUCUUAAGCUCAACUUUUCAUCAAGACCCUUUAAUGUUUCGUCCUGAUCCUUGUUUGUGUGUGACAUAUGAGUUCUCUGCACUCAAAUUCAACAUUCCAGUGAAACCAUAAAAUCAUACACACCUUUUCUGGAAAUAAAAUAAAAAAGUUCAUACCGUUUUGCAAACUUUCCGAAAGCUAUUGCAACCCAACAAAAAGCAAAAACAGUUUUUGAGGAAGAAAUCGUGACUUAAAAUAUCUAUAACAACAUAACCAAUCAAUUCGUCACCUUCAACAAACACUGUGAUGUGAUUGGCAUGUAGAGACAUGAACUCAAUAACCCAACCCUCAAAAUAAUUGAAUAGCGUCUAAAAGGAAAUUCCCUUUUUCCCUUAUUUUCAGGUUAAAGUUUUAAACAGAAAAGAAACCUUAAUAUCCAAGUCUUUUUUAUUUUGUACCUAUACCACCACAUUCUAUAUAUAAGGACAUCCCUGCUUUACUAAGAUCACAUCAACUUCAUAUCUUUGAUAAAUUUCAUACCCCAUUUCUAUAUCUUUUCCAAAUUAAAUUCUGAAUUUGUCAUCUUCUUAAGAAACAUAUUUAUGGAGGUGGGUAAGUUUUUUUUGGUGGCUCUGUCACUGGCUCUGGUUUUGGGGCUGGUCCAGAGCAUCGAGUUCACUGAAAAAGACUUGGCUUCCGAAGAGAGCCUUUGGGACUUGUACGAGAGGUGGAGGAGCCACCACACAGUUUCUCGAGACCUUGACGAGAAACAGAAGCGCUUUAAUGUGUUCAAGGAGAAUGUUAAGCAUGUUCACAAGGUAAACAAGAUGGACAAGCCUUACAAGUUGAAACUCAACAAGUUUGCUGAUAUGACCAACCAUGAGUUCAGAAGCUCGUAUGCCGGUUCCAAGGUUAAACACAACAGGAUGCUCCGUGGCAGCCGAGGUGGGACAGGCGGAUUCAUCCACGAAAAGACUGCCAAUCUGCCGACGUCUGUUGAUUGGAGGAAGAAAGGAGCAGUCAAUGCUGUCAAGGACCAAGGGAAAUGUGGUAGCUGCUGGGCAUUUUCAACAGUAGUUGGGGUUGAGGGUAUCAACCAAAUCAAGACAAAGGAGCUAGUCUCUUUGUCCGAGCAAGAACUGGUGGAUUGUGACACCGAUAACCAAGGUUGCAAUGGAGGAUUAAUGGAAAACGCGUACGAGUUCAUUAAGCAAAAUGGUGGAAUAACAACCGAGGGCACAUACCCUUACAAAGCAAAAGAUGGUACUUGUGAUGGAUCAAAGACGAAUUAUCCAACUGUGGUAAUUGAUGGGCACGAAAAUGUACCAGCAAACGACGAAAAUGCCUUGAUGAAAGCUGCUGCUAACCAACCAGUAUCUGUUGCACUAGAUGCAGGGGGCUCUGAUUUCCAAUUCUACUCGGAGGGAGUUUUUACUGGGGAUUGUGGGACGGACCUAAACCACGGCGUGGCAAUUGUUGGGUAUGGAACGACUCUUGAUGGGACGAAAUACUGGAUUGUUAGGAACUCAUGGGGACCAGAAUGGGGAGAAAAAGGUUACAUAAGAAUGCAACGCGGGAUCGAUGCAGAAGAGGGACUGUGUGGUAUAGCUAUGGAGGCUUCCUACCCCAUCAAGUUGUCCUCAGACAAUCCUAAGAAAGUUUCUCUUAAGGAUGAACUCUAGAGUCCCCAAUGCAGACCAAGAAACCAUUCUCCUAAACUGUGUGCUCAUGCAUGAGUAGUUCCAUAUAAUAUGUGGUGUUGUUUUUAUUUAUUUAUUUAUGUAUUUUUGGUAGUGGUAUGAAUCUGUUCUAUGUUUUGGUUUGGAUGAUAAUAAUAAUAAUAAAAACUUCUCUUUUGAUGUGUGAUAAUGAA